GAAGCAACUAGUCGAGAGGUAGGGAUCGAAAGUGAGCGCGUCUCCAAGAAUGGGCAAGAAGGAGCUGACUGUUGCGAGAAGAGGUGACAGGAAUAAGGUUCGCGGUGGGCGAUAGCGAGGUUCGUGGUUCGAGUCAGGGGGAAUUUGGUGCUCAUCAAUCGUCUAUUGAUCGAUGAAAAGUGCGGAGAACGCGUGUAACGCCGUGCGGAAUGUGCCGCUAUCUUCAAAUGAAGAAAAAUGCGAUGAUGAGGUGCAUCGUGGCAUAACUGGUACCACAAUUCGCUAGCACGCAGGAAAGGAGAUUGUGAAAGAGAGCAAGGAAGAAAGAGAGAGAGAAAGAGGAAAAGAGAGGGAGAGACGCAUGCCACAUACUACGAACGUGCUGAUGCGAUGCAAACCAGUGAUUCUCACCUCGCAUCAUGAGAUAGCGAAUGGAAAAAAGCUUGUUCCUUGCGCGUACCUUGAUGUGCAUUCAGUGAGCGUGAAGCCGCGGUGACGUAAACGCCUGCACUGACCGUCAGUCUCUGUAAAUAUAGUUGAAAAAGUGUUCUUCUCGGCGCCAGGAUGACGAGAAAACUCAGCAAGUUCUUAAUACUUUUCGAUAAUACGAAUCUACUGUAUUUUCCUGGACACUUCUUGUCCGGCCGUGUUCUCAUAGAGCUGGACGAUGAGGCUUAUGUUUCGGGAUUACAUUUCCAUGUUGUGGGAGAAGGUGUAGUUCGGGUACGCAGUCAACGUGCCGAGAGAGUUUACGAUAAAGAGAAUUACAUUGAUUUUCGUAUGCGACUGCUAGGCGAACCAGGCGAAGGGCCGUCAUUGCUAUCACCGGGAAUACACAGCUUUCCCUUUAAAUUGGGUUUACCAUUGGGUCUACCUUCUACUUUCCUUGGAAAGCACGGAUGGGUGCAAUAUUAUUGUAAAGCGGCUCUUCGCGAGCCAGGUGGACUCACACAUAAAAAUCAACAGGUCUUCAUCGUUAUGAAUCCGAUCGAUUUAAAUCUGGAGCCUCCGAUAUUAGCGCAACCUGCGAGACAAGAGGUCGAACAGCGUGUGGGUGUCUCUUGUGUAUCGGGUGGUCCUGUAUUCUGCAGAGUUAGUCUCGAUCGGGGUGGAUAUGUACCUGGGGAAACAAUCGGUAUUUCUGCGACUGUCAGCAAUCGCAGUAAGGUGACGAUGAAGUCGACCAAGGCGUCGCUCACCGAAACGAUACAAUACUUGUGUCGGGGUAAAGUGCUCGCUAGUGAGACCAGAGAGCUGGCGAACGUUUCAAGGGGGAAAAUUCGACCGGGCGAAGGCGAAGAAUGGCUGAACGAACAAAUGUACGUUCCUCCGUUGCCGCCGACAAAUCUGCGGGGAUGUCACUUGAUCAAUGUUCUUUAUCACGUUUACUUUGUCAUAAGUCCCAAGAGUUUGGACAAAGAAAUCAAAUUGCAAAUACCAAUCGUACUGGCUACGUAUCCGUUGAGGCCGGAAGGUGCACCAGCUGGUACGGCGCCUUCCAAACGUGGAGCCCAUUAUCCAUCGACACUACCCAUUUUCCGACCUUGGCUCGACGACAAAGCUUUCGAGAUACAAGAAUGAAAGCCGAUGUAUUAAUUAUCAUAGUUAUAUAUAUCGAGUUAUUACAUGAACAAAUGGUACCUUGGUAUUAAAGGUACCUUAAUUUUCUGCGAUUACAAUUGUACGGACACGUAUGCUUAUAAAUACUCUAACAAAAAUCUUCACCGAUUCUCGUGUAUUGCUAGUCACAGCAACGCUUGUGUAAAAUUUUUACGAAUUGAUGAUGAUUUUUUAGAAAUAUUGAAUUUGGUGCAAAUAUAUAAUAUAGUCGUUAAAGUGUAAGUUUAAUGUAAUUUAAAUUUUAUGAAUAUUGACAAUACGCUAACUCUACCAAUUAUCUUUAUAGAGAGAAGUAGAGAUGUAUAAAUUGUGUAUAAUAUUGCAAAAAAUUAUUGACAUUCCAAACAGAUAUAUAUGCAGAAAAUAAAUAACAAAAUUAAUAAUAA